UCCUGUCAGUCACUCAGCAGGGGGGCAGGUGGCCCAGGUCAAAGGCAGCCCCCGGCCUAAGGUCACUGUUUCCCCCACUCAGCCAAACGUGACCUGUGACAGGUCAGAGAACGUGAAGCAAAAGCAGGAAAACGCAGUCCCUCGACCGCAGCUACGUGAGGGUGGACCACCGGCGGGGCGUGUGCUCUGACAGCUUGUUCAGGUACAUGUAUGAUGACUCUGAAGAUGAGGAGGAUGAUGAGGUGGGCUAUGCUGAUCCCGUCCAGGAUGAUCUCUAUGCCCGUAAGAUAGGCGGCAAACCCCAGCGGGCGAGCAGCUUGUCUUACAACACAUUCUUACCCAAGUUCUGGACGCCCGAAGAAGACGUUCAUAUACAGAAGAUCAAACUGGGCUCUCAGAGGAGACCCUGGUACAAGAAGAUGCAAGGCUUCAGCCGUCAGAAGUCCGGCUCUUCGUCUGACGACUCAGAGUGCAACAUCAGUCCUUGGUUCUCCUCUGCUCCCUCUUCUUCUGCAACAUCUCCCUCUCACUCCCACAAGCAUGAGGCACCAGCUCAAACCACCCUUGUUGUUGGGAAAAGUCCUCAUUUCCAAGCACACCCUACCCCAGUGCUCCCCAAGAUAGUGCCCCCUCUCUUAGAGAUCCCUCCACUGGUGUUUGCCCCCGUGGACCCCACCUCAGGUCCCAGACUGGUCAAAUGUAAGAAGUGGCCGCUCCUGGGGCGCGAAGACCCCAGAGAGCUGCCGGACCCUGUUGACUAUGAAAGCAUUGACCCAGACUUAGAGAACGAUGACAUGUUCACCAGACGGACCCUGUCUUUUCAGUCCAACAUGAACCUGGCCAUGUACAAGACUCGACUCCCUGCCAAGCGUAGACUCUACUCGUCCGAACCACAGCUCAAUAUUGUCAUACAACAACACCUUCAUAGGGACACCGAAGAAAACGAUUUUCCAGACAUCGAGCAGGACGAUGUUGUUUAUCGCAAGGAGAAAAUUCAGCAGGCUCAGGAGCAGCGAGCUCGCUCAGGAGCCCCAGACAACUUCGUCCCCAUGCACAUCCCAGAGCCCUGGGCCCUCCCUGCUGAACUCAGAGGCAGACUCCUCUGCCCUCCCUGCCCUCUGACCCGGGAAGCAACCAGUACUAAACAGGAUGAAGCUAGGAAGGAGGUGCAGUCAGAAAAGGAUGACAUGCUGGUUCGCAAGCUUCGAGAUUAUUCAGAUCACAGUCAGCAGAGAGGCCUGUUACCUGGUCACAUGACUCCCUCGGUGCCUUCCUCCUGUAGCGAAGGUGACCUUCAAAGGUGGCAGGCAAUUAGAGAAGCCUGUCAGCUGAGAUACAAGAGGAGGCUCUUAUUGGAGAGGCUGGUGGCGCUGAAGGUGUAGAAGCAGACUGUUGUAAAACUUCUUUUUUUUCAUGUGUCAUGUACCAUUUUAGACAAAUAACCCUUUUGUCAGAUGAUACAUCAUUAUUGAUUAAGAAUCAGUCAGAUGAGGAAGUUUUAUCCAGUCAUGCUUAUGUGUGAAAUUAAUAGCUACUUCUUUAUCUCACUGGAUCUCUUUUAAACAUUUUGUUCUAAGCCACAUAGGAGGAGAUGUGGAAACAUUUGCUGUAGAAAAACUUUAGAACGUUUACUUGGUUCUUGGCACGGGCUGGUAUGAGUGAAAGACCGAGUGAAAAUACAACAGUGAGAUGGUAUUUAUACAAAUGUUAUGCUUUUUAUGCAUAAAAUAAUCUAGUUGCUUAAGUUUGAACCAUAUUAGUAUUAUUAAUAUAUUUUUAUUACAGUUAUAGUGUUUGACAGAUAUUUAUUGGCUUUUAUUUUGAUACAGAGGCUUAAGCAAAAAUACAGGAAUAAACAUCAGCUAAAUUUGGCAAAUUUUUGCUGAACUGAUAAUAUUUUGUGCUUAUUGGGCAGUAUAUUGUGUGUUUUUGCCAUUUGCCUCUUUAAAGAGUAACACCAAUACAUUGAACUGAUAUUAACUGUUUAAUUAGUUGGCCAAUAAUGCAAUAUUUUUCCAAUGAUGUAAGAAAGUUUUAGGCCUAAUAACACAAUAACAUUUUGUCAAUAAUUAAGUUAUAACUUUAUUGCCAUCAUUAUAAGAAGAGACUGACCAUUAUUGGCUAUUAUAUAUAUAACAAAAAAAAUUAACACUGCACCAAUGAGGUAAUAACUUUUAUUUUAUUUUUGUCCUUGGCUCAAAAUACUAUCUUACAUUACUGAAAAGUGAUUAUGUUAUUGGCUUUAUUACAUUUAGAAUGGCUAAAAUUGCCAAGUUGUUUUGCUGGUACUAUGUUGUUGACAGUCAACUGUUUAACAGAUGUGCUGCUUGUUAGCAUACCAGUUGUUGUUUUAAAAUAGCCUUACCUUGUAAGAGACUGACUCUCCAGGUGUUUUUGUGACUAGAAAUAUUUCACACUGCCAAAUAUGUCCUUCUUGUAAGUGAGGUAAUCUAGCUGACCAGCAGUGUGCAGCAACAAGAAGGGGGGGGUCAGCGUGGCUUACUCUAUGCUCUGUACAGCCAGGCAACACUCUGGCAUCUUAAUAAAAGGAAUUUAAACCCAAUCCAUUGUAUGAGGGAAGAUUUUAACGGCUGCCUUGAUACCCGUGGCUAGUUUCAAAACGCUUUCUCCUCUAUUAUUAAGUACAAAUGGCUUAAUAUUCUGAUGUAUUGAAAAACGUUGUUGUAUCUUGAUUCAGAGGUACAUGGUAUUUACUUUCAGUUUGGACGUCUUGGUUGUGCAAUAAACUUUACUGCUUCUGUGUGGUGUGAUUCAUGAGCAAACCCCAACAUAUCUCCUUGACCAAAAAGGAUUAAAUAAGUCAUGUGCCAAACUGAUCCAAAUAGUGUCAUCUUUAGUUUGUUUUCUUGGAAGUCUGAGUUUGUCUGGGAAUUGUAAAUGUAUAUAUCGAUUUUUAAUAAAGAAGAACGAACAACUUCAUGACUUUGCAUUGGAAUAAGUUGAAUACAAUAACUCCAUAAAUCUGA